AGGAAGUGACCUGAGUAUUAUGAAAGAGGAGGUACGUCUGUACAGUUGCACACCACGUAACUUUUCAGUAUCUCUACGGGAAGAACUGAAGCGGACGGAUGCCAUAUUUUGGCCAAGUUGUCUGCUGGUUAAGCGAUGUGGUGGCAAUUGUGCUUGCUGCAAUUACAGCUGCAAUGAAUGCCAAUGUACACCAACUAAAGUCAAUAAGAAGUACCAUGAGGUUCUACAGCUCAGGCAAAGGACUGGUUCAAAAUUCCUUCAAAAAUCUCUCACAGAUGUGGCUUUGGAGCACCAUGAAGAGAGUGUGCUUGUCUGUGCAAAGGAAACACAGAAGGAUAAUCUGAUGGAUACAUGA